AUGAAACGUCACCACGUAUCUUCCAGUAAAAUGGGAGAGGCCUCUGGUGGGGGAUUGGGAAAAAAAAAGUCAAAAUCACAAAAUCAACAAGGGACUUCCAGCAAAAAUAAGGGAACACGUGGAGAAGGAACAAAACAAGGUCAAAAAAGAAAGCAAGUCACUCAGACAGCCAAAAGGAAAGCUGAGGAACACAGGGACUAUCCUCCAGGAGAAAAAGCUUCUUCAAAAAGGGUGAAGCUAACCAGUUCUCAAACAGGAUCUUGGCAGACUCUCUCAGAGAGCAGUAGGCAGUUCCUGGCGACAGUAAUGGAUUCAGUAAUACUAUCUGUUCUGUGCCAACAAAAUGAGAGAAAAGUUGAUGUACAGAAGCACCUCAAUGCACUGAAAGAAAGGAUGAUGAGCUUUUUCAAGACUUUAAAGGUGCCUCCAGGGAAGCUGGGCAACCUGAAGAAUGUCCUGAGCCUUAAAAUGGCAGAGAAAGAAAAGCUGGAGACAAACGAAGAGACUUUGGUAAAAUUGCAGGAAGAAAUCAAUGAGGUUGAGCGAUCAGCAGAACGCGUUGAAGGAACCACGCAGGAACUGCAGCACAGAAUCCAGGUGCUCAAGAAGCAGUUAGAGGAAGAUGAAAAAAAGGCCACAAAGAUACUCCAGAUAAAUGACAGUGGAGUACUCCGCCUUCCAGAGCUCCCCAAGCGCAGUUUACAGGCACCCAUUCUGCAGGAAGAAAUUUUGAAGAUAAAAAAUCAGAAAGGCCUUUUAAAGGAUUUGAACGCUAUUCAGCAGUCAGCUGACUUGAAGAACAUGUUAACCCUCAUUGAAAAGACCUAUGAGAAGGUUGACUGCCUUUGA